CCGGGGCUCAGUGAGUGCCGAGUAGAGGCAGGAGGAGGACGGCGUACAUGUGUAUAAGGAGUGCGGUCACCUGUCAAGUGUUCCCCGCCCCGGGGGUUGGGGGAGUGAGUGGGACAACCUCCCCCUUGUUAUUAGGAAAGGAUUCCCACACUUCCCUCGCUCCUCCCCUUCAAUAAACUCUGACAAACGGCCCGGGAAGUGAAGGCAGACUGGGGACGGAGCGGAGCGCCCACCAACACGCUGCUCUGUGUGUGAGGCGGCCGGCCGGUCGGUAGUGUGCCCUCCGUGUGGUGUGCGCGCCUCUCACAAAACUUUGUAGUGACCAGAAGGGGGAGGCAGUGCCUCGUGUAGUCAUGCCGGUGGGCAGCCUGUUGCCGUUCAGUGUGGCCCCGCUGGGGUCGGGUAGCGGAGCGGGGGGCGGGCCCGGUGCUUCUACCCCAGGAGGUGGAGUGUCCGGGCUGCAUUGGCUGGGCCCCGCGGGGAGGAAGCUCUCCGGGUUCCGACUCACCGAGAAGUUCGUCUUAUUGCUGGUUUUCAGCGGCUUCAUCACCCUCUGCUUCGGGGCCAUCUUCUUCCUGCCCGACUCCCCCAAGCUGCUGAGCGGAGUCUUGUUUCAGCAGCAAUCCCCUCCUGCCUCUCUGCAGAGAUUCAGUACCCUACAGGACGAGGAGAGCGGGGGGCGCCUUGCCCGGAUCAGGGAGGAACAUGAGAGGGCACUACGGGAGGCCAAGGAUACCCUCAACCGACCACUCGAGGACAUCCAAGAGGACAUCCAACGGGACAAGGACAACAUACUGGCCCAGGGACGCCUCACUACCGGGGGGAGACUGCCACCACCUAGACCCUUCAAAGAGCCCAUCGGGGUACAGGGGGGAGAACCCACCGAUCCUGAGGUCAAGGAAAAGAGGGACAAGAUCAAGGAGAUGAUGAAGUUUUCCUGGGAUAAUUAUAAGCGAUAUGCCUGGGGAUUAAAUGAACUGAAACCUGUACUAAAACAAGGGCAUUCAAGUAAUUUAUUUGGCAACAUCCAAGGAGCAACAAUUGUAGAUUCUCUGGACACACUGUUUAUCAUGGGCAUGAAAGAUGAAUUCAAGGAGGCUAAAGAAUGGGUUGAUAAAAACCUAGGAUUCAGUGUGAAUGCAGAAGUGUCUGUCUUUGAAGUCAAUAUCCGUUUCGUAGGCGGUUUACUAUCUGCAUAUUAUCUUUCAGGGGAAGAGAUCUUCAGAAGAAAAGCAAUAGAACUGGGAGAGAAACUGUUGCCUGCUUUCAAUACCCCAACAGGAAUUCCUUGGGCAUUGUUAAAUAUCAAAAGUGGGAUUGGUCGGAAUUGGCCCUGGGCUUCUGGAGGCAGCAGUAUCUUGGCAGAAUUCGGAACCCUACACUUGGAAUUUGUCCAUUUAACGGAGGUAUCCGGAAACCCAGUUUUUGCUGAGAAGGUAAUGAAUAUUCGAAAAGUGUUAAAUCGACUUGAUAAACCCCAAGGACUGUAUCCAAACUACUUGAACCCAAGCAGUGGACAGUGGGGACAACAUCACGUGUCUGUGGGUGGACUUGGCGAUAGCUUCUAUGAAUAUUUGUUAAAGGCAUGGCUUAUGUCGGACAAGACCGAUGAAGAAGCCAAGAAGUUAUAUUAUGAUGCUGUUCAGGCCAUGGAGACUCAUUUAAUUCGUAAAUCUAGUAAUGGCUUGACAUACAUUGCUGAAUGGAAAGGUGGUCUCCUGGAACAUAAAAUGGGCCAUUUAACUUGUUUUGCUGGCGGCAUGUUUGCUCUUGGGGCUGAUGGUGCACCAAAUGAUAAAACAGGACAUCAAAUAGAAUUGGCUGCAGAGAUUGCAAAGACCUGUCAUGAGUCAUAUGAUCGCACAGCAAUGAAGUUGGGACCAGAGGCUUUUAGGUUUGACGGGGGAGUUGAAGCUAUUGCUACCAGACAAAAUGAAAAAUAUUAUAUUUUACGACCAGAGGUGAUUGAAACGUAUAUGUAUAUGUGGAGAUUCACACAUGAUCCAAAAUACAGGCAGUGGGGCUGGGAAGCAGUAGAGGCUUUAGAAAAAUUCUGCCGCGUUGAAGCAGGCUAUUCUGGAGUCCGAGAUGUUUACGCCACACACCCAAGCCAUGAUGAUGUGCAGCAAAGUUUUUACCUUGCAGAGACACUCAAAUAUCUCUACUUAUUAUUUUCGGACGAUGAGCUUUUACCAUUAGAACAUUGGAUUUUCAACACUGAAGCGCAUCCAUUGCCCGUCAACCGAAAAACUGAGAGAACGAUAGAAGGCUUGGCUGAAUAGAAGCUAUUCCAAUUGAUGAUUUUUAUUUUUUAUACAUUUUCAUUCACUGCAUUCCUUCGGUAGGCCGUUCGACCGAUUUUCAGGACCGACCUCUUUCACGUCAACACAUUUAUUUUCCUGAAGAUGUAUUCCAACAUUUGCAGUCUUUCAUGUUUACUCUGAGAUUCCUGGAUGAUUCUAGAGCCAUUCCAUUGUGAUCUUCCAACUGAUUGUGAAUCAAAAGCACCUUUCCCUGUGGACAUUGCAUAUAGUUAGCUAGACAAUCAUCACUUGCCAUGUAGAAGAGAUCAUAUAGAAAGUCUGCACUUUUAGUUACCAGUUAUUUCCUUUCAUUUGACUGCAAAGAUCCUUUCUCCUCUGUGAGGAGAUUGUCUGCUUUAUGCUGUAAUAUUUUGCCAUGUUGCAAAAAGCCAUAAAGAAUAGUAUAAAAUAACUUUUUUUUCUUUCCAGUUAUAUGUGAAUCUGAUUUGUCUGAAAUUCUUCUAAGACAAAUUGUGUAACUGUGACACCUUUCCUAUUAUGCGGGUUUUCUUUGGUAAAAUGUUAACAAGAAUUAUGUUUUUUAGGAAACAGGACAAAAAUAUCUUGCAGGCAUUCCUCUUUUUCUUUGGCAAUGACUUGUUUUUUUCCUGUGUUAAUUAGUGACCUGAUCUAUUAUUUUAAAUUGUUCUGAAAGUAUUUUGAAUAUAAAAAGUUUAGAAAUAUCUAUAUAUCUGAUCUAUAGACAAUCCAGGUUGUGCAAAUAAAAUAAUUUUUAAUAUGUUCAGAUUAUUUUUCCUAGGGAAAGAUUGCUCAUCCUUUGUAUCUAAAAAUUCCAUUUUUUUUCUCCUUACUUUGAGCAUCAAUGUCUGUGAACCUCCUACAUUUUAACUUCCUAAAGGAUGUUAAAGCUGAGCUGGAUCUUUCAACUAAAGGGAUUUGAUAAACCUGGAAUAAUAAAACUGGAGAUUGCAGAUUUGUUGAACGCCUUUGUUUAAAAUAUCUGCGGUUUGUGGACUCUGCUAAUAAAAAUAGGAGCAUACUGGAUGUCCAACACAUAUGCUUGUGGGCCAGCAUUCACACAAAUCCAGUUUGACUUACAUUAUGUUCAUUCUGGGCAAAUGGGGUAAAAAAAAAAAAAAAAAUCCAUUCUUUAAAUUUUCUACUGCGGUUUAGAAAUGGAGAGUCAAUAACACCCCAACAUUUCUAAAUUAUGCCAGAAAUUGAAACUGGUGUAAUGAAAUCAUUGUUAGAGGUCAAAAGGCACUCAUGGCUCUAACAGGGCGUGUGCAACCUCAGCAUUGAUGGUUCAUUCAACCACCAUUCUUGUGAUGUAUACAUUUUCUUACAGCACCUUGGUAUUUACAUAUAACUAUAUUGAAAUGUUAAUUAUUUCUAAUUUUAACAGUGGCCAUUUCCAAGAGGCCAGUGGUGUUAAGAUCUUUUGUAUGCACUGGCACAUACUUUUUGAUUUAAUAAAUUAUGUAAUGUUGAUACAUUAUUCACUAUUCUCAUGCUUUUAUACACAUGGAUCUGUCGCACUGUUUUCUGUGCCAUUUCUCUGAAGAAUUCUAACAAAUAAAAAUGUUACGAAUUAAAGAAAA